AUGAUAUUACCAUAUCCAUCAAAUAGAAAUGAUGACAAUAAUUUAUUGAUAACUAUUAUAACUCAUAAUAAAUCUUCAAAACCAUUAAUACGUUUUAAUUUAAAUAUGAUACAAUGUUCAGAUAAAAAUUUAUUAUUCAAUUGGACAUCACUUGAAUCAUCAUCAACAUUACGUGGUGAAUUUGUACGUACAACAUUUAUUGAUAAAAAUAUUAUGUAUUUACCAUCUGGUAAAACAUAUUUAAAAAAUUUAACAGCAAUUGAUUGUUCAACAAAAACACUUUAUCGUACAGAUCAUGAACAAUUAUUUAAACUUGAUUUAUAUAUUGAAUCAACAUUAAAUGAUUAUUGUUCAAAUGAUAAUUCAUGUUAUCCAUAUGAAAAUUAUCAAUGUGAUCAAAUUAAUCAUCGUUGUAUAUGUCGACAACCUUUACAAUCUUAUUUCAUACAAAAUCAAUAUCCAAUAUGUAUACAUGCUGUUCAUACUAUGGAACAAUGUACUAUGAAAAAUAUCAGAUGUUUAGAAUGGUGUCAUCAAAAUCGUUCAUCAACAAUGUGUACAUGUCCAAAAAAUAUAUCAACUAAAAUAUUAUUAGAUAAUGAUCACGCCUAUUGUGAAAGUCAUACAGGUGGAAUAUGUAAUUCAUUUAUUCAAUGUUCAUUAAAUGAAAUAUGUAUACAUGGAAUUUGUCAAAAUAUGAAUUAUAAACCAUACUAUUCAAAUUCUCUUGAUAUUGUUACUAUUUCAAUAAUUGUUUCAUGUCUAAUUCUUUUUAUGAUUAGUCUCAUUGUUGGAAUUAGCAUGUACAUAUUACGUCGUCAACGAAAGAAAAACCAAUAUCUUGCACCAAUUAAUUCUAUCCGUAGAAAUCAACAACAAUUAAUUUUACCAACAAAGUGUGACUAUGAUAAUGUAACAUAUCGAGCAUUUCGUAAUAAUACUCAACUUUCAUCUAGUGAUGAUAAUGAUAGUACACCAAUAACAACUUCUGAUGAUUGUACAUAUGAACCAAAAGUAGUUUAUCUUGGAGGUGAACAACAAUUAACAGCCAUAUUUGCUUAA